GUGUCACGCGCUCUCCCCGCCCUUUCCGGUCUCUGGGACGCCGGCUGCUGCUGCUGAGCGAGCGAGCUACGACUCCACACACACGCCUUCCGCCUUAUACACCCUCCGAUACCGCCGGGGAGAACACGUGACCCGCAGCCAGGAUGCCACCGAAGAAGGCAGACAACGGACCAAAACAGCAUCCAAUCAUUGGAAGAUUUGGGACUUCACUGAAGAUUGGGAUAGUUGGAUUGCCAAAUGUCGGGAAAUCAACUUUUUUUAAUGUGUUGACUAAGAGCCAAGCUGCGGCAGAAAACUUCCCAUUUUGCACAAUUAACCCAAAUGAAAGUAGAGUACCUAUUCCAGAUGAUAGAUUUGACUUCCUGUGCCAAUUCCAUAAACCUGUAAGCAAAGUCCCAGCCUUUCUAAACGUGGUGGAUAUAGCGGGUCUCGUGAAGGGAGCCAGUGCAGGACAAGGCCUGGGGAAUGCUUUCCUGUCCAACAUCAGCGCUUGUGAUGGCCUCUUUCAUCUCAUGCGUGCUUUUGAUGACGACGACAUUAUUCAUGUUGAAGGAAGUGUUAACCCAGUGCGUGACAUUGAAAUCAUUCACGAGGAGCUCCGUCUAAAAGAUGAAGAAAUGUUACAUGCCGCCAUUGAUAAGCUUGAAAAAGUCGCUGUGAGGGGAGGAGACAAAAAGUUAAAGCCAGAAUAUGAUAUAAUGUGCAAAGUCAAAAACUGGGUAGUGGAUGAAAAGAGUCAUGUACGUUAUUGCCAUGAGUGGAAUGACAAGGAGAUUGAAGUGUUAAAUAAACACUUACUCCUGACCUCCAAGCCAAUGAUCUAUCUAGUCAACCUUUCAGAAAAAGACUACAUUCGGAAGAAAAACAAGUGGUUGAUAAAAAUUAAAGAGUGGGUGGACAGACAUGACCCGGGUGCCUUGGUCAUACCUUUUAGUGGAGCCUUAGAACUCAACCUGCAAGACAUGACUGAUGAAGAGAAGCAGAAGUAUCUGGAAGAGAAAGCGACACAAAGCGUCUUAUCCAAGAUUAUUAAAACUGGAUAUGCUGCACUUCAGCUUGAAUACUUCUUCACCGCAGGCCCCGAUGAAGUGCGCGCGUGGACCAUCAAGAAAGGGACAAAGGCUCCUCAGGCUGCAGGGAAGAUUCACACGGAUUUUGAGAAGGGUUUCAUUAUGGCAGAGGUAAUGAAAUUUGACGAUUUCAAAGAAGAAGGCACCGAAACAGCUGUCAAGGCUGCGGGGAAAUACAGACAGCAGGGAAGAAAUUACACCGUAGAAGACGGAGACAUAAUCUUCUUUAAAUUUAAUACACCGCAGCAAUCCAAAAAGAAAUAAUUUUAAUGCUUGACUGAGAAACGGGUGUUUUGGUUUUUGUUAUUUUUAUUAUUAUUAUUUUUAGCAGAAUAUUCUGUUAAAAUAAAUAAGCAAACGCAUCAGUUACCAUUUCUUCUCCCCCAAAUAAAUACUGUUUGUUUUGAAAUGAAAUGUGUCACCUCAUCUGAAAAUCCAAGUUCAGUAAAUGUGCUUUUCAAAUGAUUAAGAUCCUACUUCAAAUCAUAGAUGCUUUUCAGUACUCCCACUACUCUCAUGAUACUUCAUUAAUCUCCAUCAUGUAUGCCAAGGCUGACACAUCUGACAGGAAGGACAAUGUGGCUUGCUCCUUUUUGAAUCUACAGAUAAUGCAUGUUUUACAGUACUCCAGAUGUCUACACUCAAUAAAACAUUUGACAAAA